AUGACUUAUUAUUACUUUGCAAUAAUAGGCACAAAAGAUAAUCCAAUUUAUGAACUAGACAUUAAUGUCUCGGGUGCGAAAAGUGCUGGCCUUGAACCAGGUUCAAGGAAAGACGAACAUCGACAUUUAAAUCAAUUUAUUGUACAUUCUGCCUUAGACCUUGUAGAAGAAUUACAAUGGCACUCUAAUGCUAUGUACGCUUUUGUUAAUUUUACGUUUUUUAGCAAGUUUGAAACUCCUUGA